UCUGAUUGUGUCUGAUUUCCGCAAACGAAGUCGGCGUUCUUGUUUUGUGUUUAAUUUGUUGAAAUCGAGUAAAGUAGCUUAAUUACUGUAGUGUAAAUCAACAAAUAUGUGGUAUUUAACUUCUGAAGUCGAUCACAGAGUGAUCUACAUUGCCGGACAAAACAAAGAAAUAACAAUUGGACGGAGUGCUGAUGCCCAACAACGCAGUUUUGUGAUACCAGAUGAUCCCUCAAUCAGCAGAAAACAUGCAACCCUUACCAACUUGCACGAUGAAUUGUUUUUACAAGAUUUAGGAUCUCGUUACGGUACAUUCGUAAAUAAUGGUGAGGUCAAAGUGGAAAGCAACUCGAUGAUCAAACUCAAUGACAAAGAUAUUGUAAAGUUUGGAAAAAUGGGCAGUGUAUGGAUAGUACACGCAAAAUCUUUUGUGACUUGUACAUCCACUUUAAAAGGAGAAAAUUUACAAAACUUGAAAACCUGUCUGACCAGCCUUUCAGGUACAUUAAAAAGUGACUGGGAUAGUACUUGUAAGUACCUAACAAUGCCUGCAAUCACUCUUACAAUGAAAGUAGUAUUGGCUCUGGUUCAAGGGGCACAUAUUGUUACUGUGGAAUUUUGGAGUAAAUGUUUGGAAGCUGUAAAUUCCCAAAUGGCUUUGCCUGAUCCAAAUAACUUCACACCUCAAAUUAUUGAGUCAACACUCAAUAAAGAAGUUGUUUCAUUCCUGCCUGAUGAUCGCAGAAAAAGUCUAUUACUUGGCAAGAAAGUUGUUUUUUUCUCCAAACGUCAAUUUGAUAUGUAUAAAGCUGUUCUGACUAAUGCCUCUGCUAGUCCUCUGCUCUUGAGUGAAUCUAAGAUGUCAAAAUCGAUGUUGUGUGAAAAAGAUGUCUUUGUUAUCCAGUACAAUUUAACUUCAUCAUCUCAGGAAACACAAACUCAAAGAAAUUCAAUAGUGGAUAUUGUAAACUAUUUGAAAAGCAAAGGAAAAAGAGUAAUAACUGAUGUUGAGAUCGGUCUGGCAGUUUUGUAUUGUUCUACUGAUAAAUACUGCAAUCCAGACUUCAAUUUCCCUUCAGAGGUGAUAAAGCAAACUGAUCAAACUGCCAAAAAUCCUACAGUUCUUGCACAGGAAACUCAAGAGUACAACUAUGGAGCUAAAUGUAAAAAGGAAAAUGUUGUGAUCAAUGAGAGUCUUACUAACACUUCUAUGUCUGACAAAAAUAAUAGCUUCAAGAGAAAAAUGAGUGAUGAUGACAUUCAGAAUAAUAUGACCAAGAAAUUUGCUGCCGGCAGCGCUGGACAUGAGGGUGGCAUCAAAAGAAAAGUAGAUGAGAGCAAUGAUACAAAAACGAAUCCAUCUAAAAAGCAUGCUACCGAAUUUGAUGAAGAUGGUUUCAACUUUGUUAACAGUGGGAACUCUGAUAAUACUUCAAGUGAAUCUACAAUAAAACGUCUAAAUUUGGCAAAGCCACAAAAGCGCAAGUUGGACUGUGAAGAUGAAGAGGAUGAUUUAUUCCAAUUUAUACAGGACAGAUCAAAAAUACCAGCUAACACAUCUAAAUCCAAUAUUUUUGGUGCCAACAAUUCUAACACAGAUUCAAACACACAUGACCAUGAAACUAAUGAUAGGAACAGUGAAAUUAAUAAUGUAGAUUUAUCUGCUUUGAGAGGAUCUAAGCUGGAUGAGCUAAUGAAAAACAAUGAAAAAUUUAUGAAAAGUGAGAAUACUACUUUGAAAAAAAUCAAAGAGGAAGAAUUAGAUGAAAAAAUGAAUGAGCUAACCUUGGGUACUACAAUUGUCAAAGUGAGGCCAGAUUUGAUAAUAAAGAAGGAGCCUAUUGCAGUAGAAGAACAGUCUAGUCAGGUGAAGAAUUUCAAGAAAUUCAAAAAGGUUUGGCCUAUAAAAAUGCAGGUGACUAUAAUUCCUAGGUCAUCCAUGAGCAUUUAUAAGGUGGACAAUAGCAAGGAUGAAAAUAGUUCAACUAACUAUAAUGAACAAGAGAACAACACAAUUCCUAAUGAAAGCGGUUCAAUUAACCAUGAUGUUCAAGAAAAUAAUAUGAUCACUAAUGAAAGUGAGGUUACUGUUCAAUAAAAUUGUAAGGAAUUAAUAAAAUUCGUAAGGAAGAUUGUAACUUUUUUAUUAAAACGUAAUUGUGUUACACAUUUGAUGAUUA